UCAACCAUUUGACUAAGCCGUAACUAUUCAACAAUCAACACACCAUAAAGAUCUGCAGCCUUCUCCACUUCUAACUGAAUCCCCAACAUAGGCCUCGUUUCUUUCAACGGAUCAUCAACCUCUCCGCCCAGCGAACCCAUAGCCAAAAUCAAAUCCAGGUACAGAGACAGAGACUCGGAGAGAGUGAGAAAGAUACUUAAGGAUAUGUAUAGAAAGGAAGCGGUGGAGGGAGGGAGGUAAACGUUACACCUUGGGGAAGUAAGAGUUUAUGCCUGGAGCCUGGAGGUAUAAGGAAGUGAUUGAUCUAAGUUCGGAUCGGAAAUCAAGUCACUAAUGGUGGCCAGAACAAGCCUAAUUAGCCGUCGGACUGCGCAGAAGUUCCGGCAAGCAGCGAUCUCGGCCGCUGGUUCAGUCAAGAUCAAGUUGUUACUGUUUUGUUGCUUUCUCUUUACAUUAACCUUGCUCGCAAGCCGCACGCCGUCGUUUUUGGGAUGGGGACAACAGAGUGUUCCCCUUCUUGAUCGGACUUCCAGUAAAGGGUACACAUUGCUGAUAAAUACAUGGAAAAGAUAUGAUCUUCUGAAGCAAUCAAUUUCUCAUUAUACAUCGUGUCCUCGACUGGACUCAAUCCACAUAGUAUGGAGUGAGCCUGAUCCUCCUUCAGAUGCUCUUGUAAAAUAUCUGAAUCAAGCAGUGAAGUCAAAUGCUGGAAAUAAUCAUUAUAUCGAGUUGGCUUUUGACAUAAACAAAGAAGAUAGCCUCAACAACAGAUUUAAAGAAAUAAAAAAUCCAAGAACAGAUGCUGUUUUUUCUAUCGAUGAUGACAUUAUAUUUUCUUGCAAAUCAGUAGAGUUUGCUUUCAGUGUUUGGCAAAGUGCACCAGAUACUAUGGUGGGAUUUGUACCUCGCAUCCAUUUGAUUAAUCGAUCGAAAGAGAAUGAAAAUUCUUACAUUUAUGGCGGAUGGUGGCCUGUAUGGUGGACUGGCACAUACAGUAUGAUACUCUCUAAGGCGUCAUUUUUCCACAUGAAGUACCUUCGUUUGUACACUAAUGAAAUGCCUACAUCCAUCAUGGAAUAUGUAAAGAGAAAUAGGAAUUGUGAAGACAUCGCAAUGUCAUUCCUGGUUGCCAAUGCAACCGGCGCCCCUCCCAUAUGGGCAAAAGGCAAGAUAUACGAAAUUGGAUCGACGGGAAUCAGUAGUCUAGGGGGUCAUAGCGACAAAAGGACGGAGUGUGUGAAUAGAUUUGUAUCCGAGUUUGGCAAGAUGCCAUUGGUACCAACUACUGUGAAGGCUGUUGAUAGCCGUGGUACUUGGUUCUGGUGAUGCCAUUGAUUCUCUUUUUUCUAGCUUCACACUUAGUUUGUUAAAUUACCACUACAUUAGCUAUCUAUCUCUUGUAUUCUUAACCGAUUUUUAACUUUAUUAGCAUCCAACAAUUCAAACCACGUAAACCAUAUUUUGUUUAUUGUAUCAAUACAACUCCCUAUUUUGUUUCUAAA